UCUCUCAUAACAUUCAUCUUCAACCUUCUACAUUCAAGAACAUGGAGAAAAUAGGGUUCAUGAUUUAGUUUCAAACUUAAGGACCCACUUCUAAGAAGGAUUAAAUUGGUCAUCUAGCAUCCAAUUGAAGCUGAAAUUGAGAUUCUACGCUUUAUCGGAUUGGAGAAUUAGAAGAAUUGGAGUUAAUCAACGGGCUAGUUUAUAUUUUGCAAUUGGAAAAUUUGGAUUUAAGCGAUUGAGUAUGCCUGGAUAUAGGAGAGCACGAGUUUAUGCACUGUUUGAUGAGGAGGAAGCGCCUCCUGCUCAACAAGUUAGGCUAGGCAAUGGUGGGCCACCUGAAGUCCAUCAAAAUGGGUUUUUAGCUGAUGGCGAAGGAUCGCCAGAAAUCCAUCAGAAUGGGGUCAUGAAUAAGGGAAAUGGAAGAGUUGAAGCUCGGGUUAGAUCAGUAACACCCGAAGAGUUACCUGUAGGGGAGGAAGAAGAGCCUAGUGAGGAAAGUGAACAAGAAGAGGAUCCAUCGGAAGAUCCUUCAGAAGACUCUGACGUUGAGGUGUUUAGGAGCGGGCAGUUUUGGUCCGAGACUCAUAGGUACCGUGAUCAUAGAGAAGUAGCUGCUUUGAGGGCCAAUCAGGCGGAGGCAAGUUUGAAUAGCCUCAGAGCAAUGUUGAACACCUAUUCUAGGGGUGUGCUCUCUAUAGAAACUUACACUAGUGAGUUUCUUCGUAUGAUGCAAGCGGUUCCGCAAACUGGUAGGGAUAAUGAGGAAGUGAACCGUCGCUAUGUUAGAGGCUUGGGACCGGACUUUGCUGAGUUGUUUGAUUUCACAGAUGAACAUAUGGGAUCAAUAGCUAGUAGGGCCGCGGAAAUAGUAAGUGAGCGUGAGUGGAAUGAUAAUCCUGUCCAGCCUUUUUAUUUCCCUCGUGAGAGGCCAGUGUCUCCGGUCCAUAGAGAUGAAGCUUCCGGAUCGGUAGCUAGGGGAGUUAACGCUCCAAGGCGAGCUAGAGGACCUAGGAUGAGGGUAGUGCGUCGAGGACGUAGGGCACCUGGUCAAGCCGCACCAGGCGUUCAGUAGAUAGCGAUCAGGUCGAGCCUCCACUCCUUGUUUCGGAAGGCUCCUUACUUUUUGCGUGUACAGCUUCUGACUCUCUAGCGCUGCAGUAGUUCAGACGUAUACUUUUGUCGAGGUCCUAUUAGCGGUUUAUUGUAUUUUGGUUUAGUAACCGCUCAUGUCUAUAUCCUUUUGUUAGGCCUCGUUUUCUGAUUAACAAACAAACAUCAGAGGUAGCUUUAGUUUAAAACGCUUAAUAUAUGUAUUUUGUAAAUGCUUAGAAUGAUACUUAGCGAUAUUUAUAUAUAUGUGUGUGCGGUUGUACAA